AUGUGCCACGUGCAGUCAGUGCCUGUGUUCCUUGAUGAGACGAUCAUAAGAUCCAAAGGCAUCUGGGGUCUCUUCCACGAGAUGGGCCGCAACUUGAAGCAUUCUGGAUGGAUUAUCCAUCCUCAUACCAGUGGGGCCAUGUGCAACCUCUGGUCAGUCUAUGUGAGUGAGACAGUGCUGGACAUCCCCGGGAAUCAGGCCCACUCUCGUCUGAGUCCUCAAAAUCGGGAGCAGAGGAUCAAAAUGCACAUGGACAAGGGAACCCCCCUGAGUGACUGGAACAUGUGGAUGGCUCUGGAAACGUAUCUGCAGGUACCCCUGGGCAGCCAGUGCGCGGACAGCGCCCGCAAUGCCACCAUGCCCUGCGGCUUUCUCCCGCAGGGCUUCGCGGAGUCUCCCCACCUGGGGCUCAUGCUCUUCCUGCUGCUGCUGGCCGUGCACCUGGCUACCCUGAGCAGGAACCUGCUCAUCCUGGUGGCCGUGGCCUUAGUGCCCAGCCGGCCGCCCAUGCUACUCUUCCUGUGCCAGCUGUCAGCCAUCGAGCUCUGCUACAUGCUGGCGGUGGUGCCCCGCUCCCUGGCCCACCUGGCCUCGCCAGCCAGCCCCAUCUCCUUCCUGGGCUGCACUGUUCAGAUGCAGAUGUUUGUGGCUCUGGGCGGGGCCGAGUGCUUCCUGCUGGCCGCUAUGGCCUAUGACCGCUACGUGGCCAUCUGCCACCCGCUGCGCUACGCGGCUGUGGUGGCACCUGGGCUGUGCACGCGGCUGGCCCUGGCCUGCUGCUGCCUCGGGGGACUUGUGGUGUCCGUGGGGCUCACGGUGGCCGUCUUCAACCUGCCUUUCUGCGGCUCCCACCUGCUAGUGCCUUUCUUCGGCGACAUCACAGCGCUGAGGCACCUGGCCUGCACGCAGAGCUACGCGGAGGAGCUGCAUCUGCUGGGCGCCUGCCUGGUGUUGCUGCUGCGGCCCUCGCUGCUCAUCCUGGCCUUCCAUGGCGCCAUCGCCGCCGCCCUGAGCCACCUGCGCUCCCCACGCGGCAGGCGCAAGGCUGCCUCCACCUGUGCCUCGCACCUGGCCAUCACCUUCCUCCACUAUGGCUGCUCCACCUUCACGUACAUGCGGCCCAAGGCCAGCUACUCCCCAUGGCAGGAUCGCACGCUGGCGCUGGCCUACACCAACGUCACACCGCUGCUCUAUCCGCUCAUCUACAGCCUGUGCAACGGCAAAAUCAUGGCCGCCACCCGCUGGGUGCUGAACCCCAGGGCAGGAUCUGUGUGA